AUUAAAAAAGAAAAUUCCGAAAAUAUUAUUGAUCAUUAUAUACUGUGCCAUUGGUAGUAAAGCUAAAAAUAUAGCUACAAUAUGACUAUCAAAAAAGUAUGAAAAAGAAAGAUAAGAAAUCUAAUAGAUCUGGUCUGAUUUUCCAUCGCCAGUCAUCAGAUCUACAACCGUGUGGAGACGGGAUGGUGUAAUUUGGUGGUGCCGACUGCGAUUCCGAUUCAGAUCCUUUCGCAGGGCGCUUGAAAAUACCGCUACCGAAAUAGGUGUCAAAUCAGGACUGCCCCAUCUAGGCCAAAAUUUUGCAAUACAGAGUUUUAGAACGGGUUGGAUUCGGGAAUUUAGAGAAAUUUUGGUUUCAUGAGUGUUUUGUUUUAGGCCAUGGAUUUGUGUGUGUGUGGGUGGGAGUGCAACACCUAUUGGCCUGUUUGUUUUGAAAUCAAACUAAAGUUUUAUAGUUUGUAAAUUAACAAUUUUAACAUAAAAUCAAAAUUACCCCAAUAUACUCAAAUAAUUUAGAAUCAACAGAAAAAACAACAUAAACAAACAUAACCAGUAAAAGAUAUAUAUUAUUAAAAACAGAGCUCAAAGAGCAUACACGAAAACACUGAAAUUGUGAAAACACUAAAACGCUCAGAGGGGAGCCUAUAGUCUAGACAGGUGUUAGGAGGAAGAAACACCUAGAUCUAGGAGGGUCCAUACAGUAUACUCAGGUGUUGGAAAAGAAAGAAACACCUGGAAACUAGGCAUCUCGGCAUACUUGGGCCAUAUACUUCCUAUAUGAAGCAACAUGCUUCAUAUUGACGCUCUUCGGAAAGCCUGCGAGCUCAAGGAAGCGCCUGUUGGUACCCCCAACCGGCCUUGGUUUGGACCGAGUCUGCUGCCGACGCCCCGUGGAACCCUAGGAUGCCUCGCAGAUACUCUCUAUCUGUAUAUAGAGCAGUCGGUGGAUCUCUAUUAGAAAUAUCACGCAGGUGGGGCCCAGAACCUUAAAAUAAAUAACUCCAUUUUAACAAAACCUUCCUCUCAUCUCAGCCGUCGAUUACACAAUAUGGAUCCCAUACUUCCACUCUUCCCUGUAGCCAGUUACAACAGCCAAUUACACGAACAACACCAAACUGGAAAAAAGAAAAAAACAGAGAGAAAAACAAAACAAUUUCUAAUCAUUUCUUUAAUUUUUUCCCCCUCAAUUUCGAAUCCCUAUUAAUCAGAUCGUAUAUCAGUGCUUCAAGGAUGGUGAUAGCUGCCGAUUGGCACUUCUAGAGAGAGAAUUUUAGACCCAGAAAGAUUUAUGAGUAUGCUUCGAAGGUUUGCUUUUUACUGGAUUGAAGUCUAAGAUCGUUGCAAAGAAGAUAUUUGUUUUGGCUUUUGAUAUAAACUUUGAUCGUUGUUUGCAACUUAAGGCACUCAUUUGUCGUUGACAUAUAAGUUUAGAUUUUUAGAGGAAUUGGCUAACUUGGGUUUGGGUUUUGGAUGAGUUUGGGACUCGGAAGAAUUGUUAGAUUCAUGGUUCUGAGACUUUUGGAUUGUAUAGAUAUAGAUACAGGUAUGGGUUUCAUUUGAUUGGCUGGGGUUUAUACAAUUAGUCGACAUGGUUAGCGGAAAUAUAUUUCAUUGUAGAAGGAAUUCAUGGCCUCCUGAAGAGUAUAUAAACAGGGCAACAUUGCAGUUGCUUGAUUAUGAUAGUGCUGCUCCUCCGGAACAAGCUUGGAGAAGAAAAUUAAAUAGCCAUGCUAGUAUUCUUAAGGAAUUCAGUGUUACAUUUAUGGAAGCAAUAAAAAUGGUUCGACUUGGCAUACGAUUGUGGUCAUAUGUAAGGGAAGAGGCCUCUCAGGGAAGGAAAGCACCUAUUGAUCCUUUCACUCGAGAGAGUUGCAAGCAAUCAGCAUCCCAUGGGGUUCCACUUGGGGGGAUGGGAAGUGGCAGCAUAUCUAGAGGCUUUGGAGGCGAGUUCAGGCAUUGGCAAAUUAUUCCGGGCACAUGUGAGGCUUCACCUGUCAUGGCCAAUCAAUUCUCCAUUUUCAUAUCUCGAGAUGGAGGAAAUAAAAAUUAUGCAUCAGUUUUAGCCCCGGGCCAACAUGAAGGUUUAGGGAAACCUAGUGAUCAAGGUAUAUCAUCAUGGGGCUGGAAUUUGAGUGGUCAGCAUUCGACAUAUCAUACACUAUUUCCAAGGGCAUGGACAAUAUAUGAAGGUGAACCAGAUCCAGAGCUAAAAGUGUCUUGUUGGCAAAUAUCACCAUUUAUACCGCAUAAUUAUAGAGAUAGCAGUCUUCCUACUGCUGUUUUUGUUUACACGCUAGUAAAUACUGGGAAGGAAAGGGCAAAAGUUAGCCUUCUUUUUAUGUGGGCGAAUUCAAUUGGAGGCACCUCACACCUAUCCGGUGAUCAUGUGAAUGAACCAUUCAUAGGCAAAGAUGGAGUCUCUGGCGUACUUCUACAUCACAAGACCGCAAAAGGGAACCCUGCUGUUACUUUUGCCAUAGCUGCAUGUGAAACUCAGAAUGUAAGUGUGACUGUUCAGCCCUGUUUUGGGCUGUCUGAAGGAAGCUGCAUUACUGCGAAAGUUAUGUGGGGUAAAAUGGUGAAGGAUGGACACUUUGAUCGGGAGAACUUCAAUACUGGACCUAGCAUGCCUUCAUCACCUGGAGAGACACCUUGUGCUGCGGUUUUUGCUUCCGCAUGGGUUGAACCUCAUGGAAAAUGCACUGUUGCAUUUGCUCUUGCAUGGUCAUCCCCAAAAGUAAAAUUUAAGAAGGAAAAUCAUAUCACAGUAGUCCACUUCUGCCAAAUAUUCCUCCACUGCAAGCUACUCCUGGUACAAUCUUUGUUCUCCACCAGAGUGCACUCUCUCUGUCUCUUAGGUUUUAUCUUAAUUUAUGAAAUAUUGGCAUGGCAUUCCUCAUCAACAAGAUGUAUCAACUUCAACUUUGAUGAUCUGUCUCUGAAUUCUUUUAGAGGAACACCUCCAGCUUUCUUGUUUGAUCCUAAUUUUAACCGAUGAUCAUCAACAAGAAGUCGUAUAAAUUUCAACUUUGAUAAUCUUUCUUCGAAUUCCCUCAUAGGAACACCUUCAGUUUUCUUGUAUGGUCCUCAUUUUUAUUAAAUGAGGGAGUAGCUGCUUGGUUGGGUUUUUGGCAUGUCUUUUGUAUUCAUAAUGUAAUCACUUUGUAGGAUUAUGAUGAUUUACUGAAGCCAAAAAUUUUCUUGCUAGAUGAAUCUAGUUGUGAGUUUGGCAAUUUGAUUUUGCAUUUUACUGAAUGGUUGUUUUCAUCGGCAAGACACAUUCACAUACUCACGUGGCCCUACGGAAUUUG